AUGCUAAUUGAUUCAGGUAGCCAGGGCUCAUUUAUUCGAGAGCACUGUGUAAAUUUACUGCAGUUAAAGCGCACUAGUGCAAACAUAAGUGUAAAUGGCCUGAGCUCGCAAAAAAUUGGAAAGGUUUCAGGUUCAGUUCAAUUACAAGUAACAUCUCCAUUUUAUAAAAACGCAAGCAUUUCAGUUAAUGCAUUAAUUAUACCCAAGAUCACGUGUGACCUUCCUCAAUAUCAAGUUGAUAGAUCUGUUUUGACAUCUUUCAAACAUUUGUGGUUGGCAGAUACAAAUUGUUUCCAGCCUGGCCCAAUAGAUAUUCUUUUGGGCGCAGAUGUAUUUGGCGAGAUAAUGCUUCAUGGACGUUUAACUGUUCCGGGUCAUUCGUUAACAGCCUUGGAAUCAAUAUUCGGCUGGGUCAUUAUCGGAAAGACUAAAAGUGUAUCGCAGACAAUUGUAUCGAAUCAUGCUAGUUGUACCAAUGUUCAGCUCCAGCUUGAAAAAUUUUGGAAAUUGGAAGAAAUUUCGGAGAUAAAGCAUUACACAGAAGAGGAAAUUGAAUGUGAAAAUCAUUUCAAGCGGAAUUUUUCUCGUGAUUCAACAGGUAGAUUUGUUGUUAAGUUUCCAUUUCGUAGAUCGGGAAAUGAACUUGGGUCAUCAAGGGAUGUUGCUUCAAUAUCACAAAUUUAUGGAGGACUAUCACAACUUGGUCAUAUGGAAUUGAUUCCAGAAAAUGAAAUUGAUGUUCCAGCUAAUUCUAGUUUUUACCUUCCGCACCAUUCAGUUCCGGAUAAAAAUGGUGAUAAAUUUCGAGUCGUAUUUGAUGGUUCUGCAAAAUCUUCUAGCGGUAUUUCUCUUAAUGAGAAAUUGAUGGUUGGUCCACAGUUGCAGACUGAUCUGACAACAUUAAUUAUUCGUUUCAGAAUUCACAGAAUAGCUAUAACUGCAGAUAUAGAGAAAAUGUACAGACAAAUUAUACUAAAAGAUGCAGACUUUCAGAGAAUAGUCUGGCGCGAUUCACUUUAUAAACCAAUUCAGGAUUUUCGAUUAACUAGGAUUGCUUACGGUACUGCAUCAGCUUCGUACCUUGCGGUAAGAUGUUUACAGCAGUUAGCCAUAGAUGAAGCAACUAAUUUUCCUUUGGCUUCCAAGACAUGUCUUAGGGACUUCUACGUUGAUGAUUUGAUGUCCGGAGCCAAUUCAGUUACUGAAGCUAUAGAAUUACAAAUGCAAUUGAAUCAGAUGUUGUCACACAAUGAUGAUACUGUAAAAACGUUAGGUAUCCUGUGGCAUCCAGCUUCAGAUAUGUUUUUAUUCAAAGUCAAUUCAUCAUAUCCUGAAGUCUUAACCAAACGAACAUUACUUUCAAUAAUCGCAAAGACCUUUGACCUCUUGGAUGGUUGGCACCGAUCACGGUUCGGUAUAAAUUGA